ACGCGGCUGCCGCGGGCUCCACCUCCUCCCCCAAAGGCCUCCCCGGACCCCUGGCUCGGGCCCAGCCGGUAGCUCCGCCAUGCCCCGGGGGAGGCGCGGCGGCAGGGUGAGCGCCCUGGAGGGCUGCCGGGAGGAGGAGGCGCCCCCGGCGGCGAACGCCGUGCCCUCGGUGCUGUGGGCGUCAAGGCAGCAGCCAGAGUCGGCGGCCGAGCUGAUUCUGCUCCGGGGCAUCUUCGAGAUCCGGAGGGACAGCUGCGACGUGGUGCUGAGCGAGCGGGCCCUGAGGUGGCAGCCCAUCCAGCCCGAGCGCCCCACAGGUGAUUCCAAGUAUAAUUUUCGACAUAAAGAAGAAUUUAUUGAACUCAAAGACAUAUUCUCUGUCAAACUGAAACGGCGUUAUUCAGUUAAACAGCAGAGAAGUGGUACUUUAUUAGGAAUCACACUCUUCAUAUGUUUGAAAAAGGAACAAAAUAAAUUAAAGGAUUCUACACUUGAUCUUAUUAAUUUAAGUGAAGACCACUGUGACGUAUGGUUUAGACAGUUCAAGAAAAUUUUGGCAGGUUUUUCAGACAGACCGAAGUCAUUAAAAAUAGUCCUUAACCCUCAAAGCCACAAAAAAGAAGCUACUCAGGUCUAUUAUGAGAAGGUUGAACCACUGUUGAAGAUUGCGGGAAUAAAGACGGAUGUAACAGUAACAGAAUAUGAAGGGCAUGCCGUGUCACUGCUAAAAGAAUGUGAACUACAGGGAUUUGAUGGUGUGGUCUGUGUUGGUGGAGAUGGAUCUGCCAGUGAAGUAGCCCAUGCUUUGCUUCUUAGUGCCCAGAAGAACGCCGGGGUGGAAACAGACAGCAUCCUGACUCCUGUCCGAGCCCAGCUUCCACUUGGUGUGAUACCAACAGGAUCUACUAAUGUAUUGGCACAUUCUCUUCAUGGAAUUUCUCAUGUGGUAACUGCAACUUUGCACAUUAUAAUGGGGCACAUACAACCGGUCGAUGUCUGCACCUUCAGCACCACUGGCAAGUUUCUUCGCUUUGGGUUCUCAGCUAUGUUUGGCUUUGGUGGAAGAGCUUUGGCUCUGGCAGAAAAACAUCGAUGGAUGUCCCCUAACCAACGUAUGGAUUUUGCUGUCAUUAAGGCACUGGCAAAACUUAAGCCAGAGGAAUGUGAAAUAUCAUUUUUACCAGUUAACGACCCUCAGGAUUUAGGAGAAAGGAGGGCACAGGGAUCUCUGAAAUCUGACUGUAAUGAUCAGUGGCAAAUGAUCCAGGGUCAGUUCUUGAAUGUCAGCAUUAUGGCAAUUCCAUGCCUGUGUUCAGUGGCACCUAGAGGCUUGGCACCUAAUACCAGAUUAAAUAAUGGAAGCAUGGCUCUUAUAAUUUCACGAAACACUUCUCGACCAGAAUUUAUAAAACACCUGAAAAGAUAUGCAAGUGUUAAAAACCAGUUUAAUUUUCCAUUUGUUGAGACUUACACUGUUGAAGAAGUAAAAGUUCACCCAAGGAGUAACAGCAGUGGACACAAUCCAGAGGAAGAAGACGUACCACAUGAAACUGCUACAGGAAGCAGUUUCCCUUGGAAUGUAGAUGGUGAUUUAAUGGAAGUUGCAUCAGAGGUCCAUGUUAGGUAAGUCUAAUUAUUUCACCAUCUUGUACUAUCAGUUUUGUGUCUGAUAGACAUAUAAAUGGAAGUUGCUGCCUUAUAACUAUCAAAACAGGCAGUUGGGCUAAUUUUGUUUUAAAUUCGUUAAGUCAGGGAAGCAUAAAAAGACACAUGUACAAUUUUAAUAAAUAAAGAAGUGUAACUUUGUAUUUAUUCAACUAAUUGUUAUGUUAUUCACUAAUUGUUAUGUAGAACCAAAGCAUUUUCUUUGGUUAUGAGUCUCUACGUUGGCAUUCUGAAUUACCAUUCUUCACAAACUAUACAGAUAAUGUACGUCUACAAUUUCCAUUUUGAAUUUUAAAAAAUGGAUUAAGAUCUCAAACCUUGUGAUGCCAUCUGAAUAGCAGAUGGUUACAAUUUAAUCCCCCAGUUGUUUAAAAUUUCCUUUUACCCACAACAAAUACUGUAACACUUUGUGUUCAGCAGUUUGCUUUUAUCGUCUUUCCAAAGCAUACUUUACGUAAGAACAAUUUUACAUAUUAACAAGAGCAAUGGGUUACAAACAGGCUUGGGAACAUGCAAGCUUAUUGUUGAUAAGCAUUAUGACUCCGUGGGUAGAAGAAGUGUGCAGGGCUCCCUGAGUAGCCUGCUAGGUGUGAGCUUUCUACAUGCGUGGGUGACUGGGCUUUACAGGAAUUACUGCUGCUGAUUUAUUAGGCCCUGCAUUUUUUCCUAGAUGGCAGCUCUGCCAUGAAUGUAUGCUCAUUGGCUAGCAUUAGAUUUCUAUUUGGUAUUGUGCACCACAUUCGAUAGGGGUUAUGUGUGAAAAAUAACAGAAUGAUAGGUUGAUGAAAUAAUCAUACAUAUUCUUAUAUUCUUUACAGAGUACACCCAAGACUUAUCAAUCUUUAUGGAAAAAGCAUGGAAGAAACGAAUGAUUCCAAAGUAACAUGUACUUGUUUAUAAGAGGAAUGUGAAAAUUAGAAUUUUAAUAUGAAGGGAUACUGUCAUGUUUUAAACAGAUAUUUUAGUAAGGAAAAAACUAUUUUUAAAAGAAAUUAAAAUUGCUAUUUUUGAUGUUACUAAAAAUUAGCUUUAAGACGUGAAAUAUAUACAAAACGAUUUAAAUUCUGGUUUUUGGAAAGUACUUAUUGGAAUGGAAAGUAAAUCGUUCAUAUACUUGAAAUUUAAACAUGAUAUAUCAAUAUUUAACCUAGAUUAAUUCCAAAAUGAACUAAUUUGGAUUCCUGGAUUUGAGUCCAUCAAUUCUGAUGUUAAAUUUCCUACAGCCUGAUGCCAACAGACCACAGAGUUCAUGUAAGAAAGACUGUCCUGAUUUCUUGAUGAGGUACGUAAUCCAGCGGUAUUAAAUUACACAGCUAGGAAAUGAUAUAACCAGAAAUAGUACUAUUUUUUCAAAAGCUCUCUAAUACCUAGACUACUUGCCAAAAAGAAAAAAGAUGGAUUUUUUAAAAAGUUAUAGUACCACUUUGGUGAAUAGUCUCUGAAAGUUGAAAACUCAAAGUGGUAGGGUUUUGAAAUCCAUAAUACGCAUAACCUAUUCAAAAUAUCUAACCUACCUGAAAUGGUGUCAUUUCUAGUGGGAAGGAACAAAAUUUAAAUUUCCUCAGGGAUCAUCCUUGAGAAAGCAAUUCUAAAUUUGGAUUUGAUUUUCCACCAAUGAGCCUAGACAUUUUCUUGAAAGAACUACUUGUGUUUUAAUCAUAAAAAAACAUAGUAUCUUUUGUUCAAAGGGUUCUUUAAAAUUGAAUUAAUUUCUAUUGGUACACCCCCGAGUUCAGGAGGUUUCGUGCUCAUUGGGUCCCACUGCUCAAAUGCCUUCACAAGUUUCUGUGCAUUUUUCAUUCUCCAGCCACCAAUUUGUGAACAGAUAACUUACAGGAAUUAAGUGGUCUGAGGAGGACAGCUGUUGGCAGGGACCUCUAUGAAGUAAUCCUCUUCCAUAGUGGUAAAGCCUGCCCUCUAACCUAUCACUUCCCGUAACAGAUUUCGAAAAUUUGGCCUCAACCUUCAUAUCAAGACAGAUGUAGGGACAAAUCAGAGGAAAUUAUAUUCUGGUGUUUAUCAGCAUUUAGUUCAUAUGCAUGAAUAAAUAUUACAAAAAGUGAUUGUAUUUGCAAGUGAAGAGGUAUUUUAGAUGCAGAAAAACUACUUCAUUUUAAAAA